UGCUGCGUUCCUGACCAAACCGGUCUGACGAGUCCUAUUUCAAAACAUUGAGAUCACAAUAGACCAACACAAUCAUUAAAAUGCGAUCGUUGUCGCCUCUGCCCUUCAGAUCUAGCCUAUUCAGAUCAGGAUAUCUGCAGAAACAGCGAGGAACUAUGCUUUCAUCGAGGAGCAAUAUAAUGAACUUAAAUGUUUUGUUAAGGCGUGUCAACUUUACAGCGUCGUUGCAUCUGAAGAAACGUAGGACAACCAAAACAUGGAGUGACGUGCCCAACGACAAUGUACCUGCUAGUGGAAAACUGGUAUCGUUUCAGUUGAAAACCAAUUUUGAUUUGCUUCGAGCUUUGCUGAUAUUGAGAAUUUCCUCAAUGGAAACAUUUGUUGAUCAUAGUGAGAAAAUUUUAAAGACAACGAAGAAAUUGGUUGGGCAGCGAAUUUUUGAUGCAGUGUUGAGAUCCACAUUUUAUGGACAAUUCGCUGGUGGUGAAUCAAUGCCAAUUCUGGAAAAGAAUGUUAAAAAAUUAAGAAGUGCUGGAAUUCGCUCUAUGCUCUGUAUACCCAUAGAAACAACAGCUUCAAACGAAGAUGACCUAAAACUUGGGACGGAGAUGUGGCAAAAGAACACUGAAAUUGUAAAAGGAUGCAUCGACAUGACAGAUAAGCUGGAAAGAGGAGGAUUUUCUCAAAUCAAACUGACAGCCCUCUGUGAGCCAGAACUUCUGCUGUGCAUGAAUAAAGAAUUGAUUGGUUAUGAGUAUGGUCAUAAAGAACCUCUAGAAUGGGACAUAAGGAGAGUCGGGGAAUUACUGGAAACAGAAAGUUACCAGGAUAUCGACAUCCCAAGCUUCAGUGAACAAACGAAUAGCCAGUUGAGAAUGGCCUUGGAGAGGUUUGAUCAACUUGCAAAGAUAAGCAAUAAAAUGGGCCUAAGAUUGAUGUUAGAUGCAGAACAAACAUACGUACAAGCCGCGCUGGCCUACUUUGUCCUUGUCUUACAACAAAAGUACAACAAAGAAAAGCCGGUUGUUUAUAAUACAUAUCAAUGUUAUCGCAAGGAUACAUUGAAAAGAGUCAAAGCAGAUCACGAUUAUGCAACAGCCAACGGUUUCAAAAUUGCCGGGAAACUUGUUCGAGGAGCGUACAUGGUUGAAGAGAGGCGCAUUGCAAGCGAGACUGGUAAGGAUGACCCAAUAAACGACGGAUUUGAAAGAACAACAGAGAUGUACCAUUCUGUUGUUGAUUAUAUUCUCCCUCUCGUGAAAGAGAACCGUGCAGGAGUUAUGAUAGCCAGCCACAAUGAAGAAACGAUCAGCUAUGUCCUCCAACGGGUAAAAGAUCUUGGUUUGAGUCUUGCGACUAGUGAUGUUUGCUUUGCCCAGCUUUACGGGAUGUGUGAUCACGUGACAGAAGCUCUCGCAAAAAUGAACUGUGAGGUGUACAAAUCAGUACCGUAUGGGACAGUGGACAGCACCUUAUUGUAUCUGACAAGGCGAGCUCAAGAGAACAGAUCGGUAAUGCAGCGCACAGUUGUAGAGAGAAAAAUAAUCAUGAACGAAUUAGCAGAGAGACUGAAGCGUGGCUUUGGCUUCAAUCAAAAGAAAUAUAAAGAGCAGUCGAGUACUGCUUGAAAACGACGUCUUAUCAACAACGCCGCCUUAUAAACAACACAGCGUAACCUCAGUGCCGAGGUGGGUCACUAGAAAUUUUUAAAUAAAGGGAGGUCUAUCCGACAGUUAUGGGUAGAAUCUGAUCCUUGCGGGUACCUGAUUUAAUAAUAUACCUUUUUGAUACUUUGAGUUCAACUAACACAAAAUAAUAUCAAAAAGAAAAUAAAAGAACAUAUGUGUUUAAACUUAUUUUUAUAGGAAACAGUCUAGAUUUCUAUGAACCGUGUUCUCUUAUGUGCUCAACAACAAGAUUUUGUACUUUUAUAUUUUUGGGUCCUAUCAAUGAUAAUUUAGCUGAUAAUUUUUGGUCUGUUGAAUUUGCUUUUGAUAAUUUUAGGUGAAUUUCGAAAACUGCGGAUGGACAUCCCCGUAUAUAAAAUUUUGAGUGACUCCCUGGGGCCUCAGUGUGCUAUCUGUGAUAUUUGUGAAAAUGCCCCGUUUUGGGGGAAAGUGUAAAUAAAUCUUCUAUAAAUCAAUGUGUAUUCAUCUGUUAUUGUCGUUGUGUCGCUUAUAGCAGUUAAAACUGUUUUAAUGCUUAGAAAUAUUUACUUACUGUUCUAUACUGUUUUAUCGUUAUUGUCGUUGUGUCGCUAGUAGCAGUUAAAACUGUUUUAAUGCUUAGAAAUAUUUACUUACUGUUGUAUACUGUUGUAUCGUUAUUCUCGUUGUGUCGCUAGUAGCAGUUAAAACUGUUUUAAUGCUUAGAAAUAUUUACUUACUGUUCUAAACUGUUGUAUCGUUAAAUUUCAAAUCGUUAAAUGUAGAUCUUGAGAUAAAAGUUAGCAUUUUAACUUUAUAGAAGAGACUAUUAAUCUUACGCAGACACUUCAUGAGAACUUGAAUCUUUGGUAUUUAAUCAAUCUUUGUAUGUAAAUAGUGGGAGUUUUGGUUUUGAGAAUAUCUGGAAAUUCACCUCAGAUACACAAAAAAGUUCA